AUGGCAUUUCAAUCCCACCAGCUUCACUUUGUUAUGGUACCACUACCAUGCCCAGGACACCUUAUUCCCACAACUGACAUGACCAGACUAUUUGCACAACGUGGUGUUAUCAUCACGAUUAUAACCACACCUCUUAAUGUCAUCCGAAUCAAACCAAUCAUCAACCGUGCCAUUGAUUCUGGACUCCCUAUUCGACUAGUCCAACUCCAGUUGCCACUCCAUGAGGCUGGCUUGCCAGAAGGAUGUGAAAACAUCGAUACAGUCCCCUCGCGUGGCUUAUUUAGGAACUUUUUUUAUGCUGUUAGUAAGUUACAACAACCACUAGAACAAAUACUUGAAGAGAUGGAACCUAGUCCAAGCUGCAUAAUAGCUGAUAAGAAUCUUGCUUGGAUAGGUGACAUUGCUACCAAGUUUCAUAUACCAAGAAUUUUAUUUGAUGGAACAAAUUGUUUCAAUCUCUUAUGUUGUCAUAAUAUACUUGCAUCCAAGGUCAAUGAGAGUGCUAGUGUCUCUGAUAUAGAGCCUUUUGUUGUUCCUGGUUUGCCUGAUCGAAUUGAAUUAACUAGAGCACAGUUACCUACGAACUUGAAUACAAGCUUGAAGGAUUUCAAAGAUCUUCAUGAAAAGAUAAAUGCUUCUGAAGAAGGAGCUUAUGGGGUCGUGGUUAAUAGUUUUGUUGACUUGGAACCAGAGUAUGUUAAAGGGUAUCGCAAGGCAAAGGGAGAUAAAGUUUGGUGUAUUGGGCCGGUGUCACUUUCCAACAAGGCAGACUUAGACAAGGCUCAGAGAGGUAACAAGUCCUCAAUUGAUGAAAACCAGUGCCUCAAGUGGCUUGACUUGUGGCCUCAGAACUCUGUUGUUUAUGCUUGUCUUGGAAGUCUUUCUCGCCUUACAUUGUUACAACUGAUAGAGCUUGGGUUAGGCUUAGAAGCGUGUGACCGGCCAUUCAUCUGGGUGAUUAGAGAAGAUAAAAAUGGGGAGAUUGAGAAGUGGAUAAUUGAGGAUGGCUUUGAAGAGAGGACAAAAGGGACGGGCCUCUUGAUCCGGGGUUGGGCUCCACAAGUACUAAUCUUGUCACACCCUGCAAUUGGAGGAUUUUUGACACAUUGUGGUUGGAAUUCAAUGCUAGAAGCGGUUUGUGCUGGUGUGCCAAUGGUAACAUGGCCUAUGUUUGCUGACCAAUUUUUUAAUGAGAAGUUAUUUGUUCAAGUACUGAAGAUUGGUGAGAGAGUGGGGGCUGAAAUUGGUAUUCCAUUAGGGGAUGAAGAGAAGUUUGGGGUAUUGGUGAAGAGGGAGGAAGUUAGGGAUGCUUUAGGAGAGAUAAUGACUGAAGGGAAAGAAAGGGAAGAUAGACGAGAGAGAGCAAGAAAGCUUGCAGAGAUGGCAAAGAUAGCAAUAGAAGAAGGAGGGUCUUCUUACCUUGACAUUGCAUUGUUAAUUGAAGAUAUUAGGAAACUAUCCAUGGGACUUAAGCCUAAGUCAUGA